AUGCGAGUCAACCGCAGAAAUCCUCCUCAUCCUGCUACCGAUACGAUGCGAGCCAAGAGGGAUAACGAAAAAGCAGCGGCUAACACAGAGGGCUUCACCGAUGGCGCAUCAAACGAAUUCGAGUUUGGUGGUUCAAUUGGUACCGCUUUGUUGAUGACGGGUUUCCCUUUACUCAUGUGGUAUAUGUGGAUAGGCGCAACAUACUAUGAUGGCUCCCUGCCGAUGCCCGAGGCUAAUCAGUCCUGGGUAGAAUUCAGCCGUCACCUUGUUCGGUUGGUCUACGAGGGAGCCUAUCCGACCUUCAAAGCCUGGGCUAUCUACUGGACAUUCUUUAUUAUGGAAGCACUCAUGUACUGCUACAUGCCCGGUGUCUCCAACUAUGGCCGGCCAUUGAAACAUGAGGGUGGCAAGAAGCUUCUCUAUUAUUGUUCUGCAUACUCUAGCUUCUAUGCAACGCUUGCUCUUGCUGCAGUGUUACAUUUUACCAAUUUGUUUCCCCUAGACACACUGGUUGAUGAGUUUGGGCCUAUUAUGACAGUCGCUAUCCUAUCUGGCAUUCUAAAUAGCUUCAUUGUUUAUGGUCAAGCUGUUGUGCGCGGACGGACACAUAGACUUACAGGGUACCCUAUUUACGACUUUUUUAUGGGCGCUGAGCUAAAUCCUCGUAUUGGUAUCUUGGAUUUUAAAAUGUUCUAUGAAGUAAGAAUCCCAUGGUUUAUCCUAUUUCUUAUUACCUGUGCCGUGGCUGCUCGCCAGUUCAAAACAUAUGGAUAUGUCUCGGCGGAAGUACUCUUCUUAGUUGCUGCACACUUUUUAUAUACCAAUGCCUGCGCCAAAGCAGAGGAGAUGAUCAUUACAAGCUGGGAUAUGAAUUUUGAAAAAUUGGGGUAUCUGCUUACCUUCUGGAAUAUGGCCGGCGUGCCCUUUUCUUAUUGCCACUGUGCCCUAUACUUCGCUAACCAUGACCCGUCUGAAUACCGCUGGAACCCUUUCGCCCUAACAGCACUUUCUGUUGCUUAUCUUUUUAUGUAUUGGAUGUGGGAUAGUGCCAACGGCCAGAAGAAUUCAUUCCGGCAUAAGGAAAAAGGUCAACUCAUUAAACGAAACACCUUUCCCCAAGUGCCAUGGCAGACUCUUGAGAAUCCUAAGACUAUUUCAACGGAUACUGGAGAUCAAAUACUCGUCGACGGCUGGUUUGCAAUUAUCCGAAAACCAAAUUAUGUCCCUGACAUGUUCUUCUCCAUGUCCUGGGGUUUAAUCACUGGCUUCAGGAGCCCCUUUCCUUGGUUUUACUUUGUGUUCUUCAUGGUUAUGAUUCUUCAUCGCACAAGAAGGGAUAUAAUUAGAUGCCGGAGAAAGUAUGGUGAGGCAUGGAAACGCUAUGAGAGAGAAGUUCCAUAUAUAUUCAUCCCAUAUGUGAUCUAA